CUGCAAUUUCCCAAAUCCCCAAAUGUUUGAGCAACAAUCCGUUCGAUUGGCUAGUCCAGAUUUCAGCUAACCAAUUAACUUUUAGUUUGCUGUUACCAGGAAGCGUUGGACGGACGGACGCGUCGGAGGGAGUUAAAAUUCAGCCAUACAGUAGUGUAUUUAGUUUUAGACUAAAUUACUCGGCAAAUUGACAUGAACAAGGUACUAUUGUGUAAUCAAGACAGUACACUGGAAAGCACUGUAAUGCUAAUGUACAGCCGCCAGCGUUAUGCAAGCCACAAUUUGUACGUAAAGCUGAGCAGGUACAGCUAACAGUUUUAAAAACAGCUGCAACAACGUUCAAUAGUGAAGCUGGAUUUGUCCGACAAACCACCAUCAAAUGGCUACUACAGUCUUGGGAGUCGGCACAGGCGUUUUUGUCAUCACUGCAGUUUGGAUUGUGACUUUUGUGCUCUGGAUGAUGCUUCUGAGGGCAUCCGGAUCGUCCAAGCUCGGAGUGAUCCCGUUUUUCCUGUUGGCGCUCAUCAUUACCCUGGCACUCGUGUUUUUCCCUCGAAGCGCAACAACCCCAUCUUCUUUCAAAGAGAGAGAGAUAGUGGACACUUUAUUUAUCGCUCGCUAUGUGCUGCUGGCUAUAGUGAGUGUGAGCUUUCUCGGCGGGCUGUUCAUGUUGCUCCCCUUUCAUUUCUUGGAGCCUGUCUAUGCUAAAGCUUUCAGAACACACUAGAAGGAGUUGGCACUGGAUCACAUUGCCGAUGUCAACAACCCAAAAUAAAAGAAACCAGCAAGAGGCCCACUUCUUCUUCUUCUUCACAGACUGUGGAACCAAAACAACAGGAGAAACUUUCCCAUGGCCAAUGUCUUAUAGAUUGUUUAUCCAUCGCGGUCCAAGUUGAGUCUCUAAAUACUUUCCUGUUGAGUGCAUCUAGAGCAUCACUAAUAGGUGAAUGCAAAUUGAGACACUGUUUUGUGAAAUGUUUUGUUUGCCUAAUGUUUUACUUAAUUCAUGUGUUUUCAGUUUUAAGAUGUCAUGUUUUCUUACCAUUUUAACCGCCAUUGAAUGCCCCGUCUGUAAUUUAUUUAAACUCCCAUGUGAAACUACUGGUGAUUUUUUUUUUUUUUUUUUACUGAGCUGUUUGUCCUUUUAUUUGACUUCAAAUUCAACAUUAAAAGGAAACAAAAUUCACAAUAACAGCUUUUUGUCUUUGUUAAGACCAAACAGCAUAAUGACAGGCAACCUGCCAGCGACGAAGGGACAUAAUGCAGUGUUUCUAGUUGUCUCACAAAACAACUUUUUUUUUUCUUAACACUUAUUCAGGGUAACAAUAGUUCAUUACCCCGCUAAUUUUUGCACCUCGCAUGAAUGUCUUGGCUCACUCAAGUUAAUUUACGCAGAGGCUUAAUUGUUAGGACAGUACACUUCAGAAAUAUCCAAAUUGAUGCAUAUUAUACAU